ACUUCUUUUAUUGUUCUCAUUACAAAAGGCCCAUUCUUGACUUGUUUAAAUAAAUCACCAAACAACAAUCAUCUUUUUCUUCCCAUGGCAACAAUGGCUGCUUCUCAUCUCUUCUGCAACACUAAUUCCCUUGAAACUAGAAGUUUUAAACAAUCAUUUUCAUCUUAUAAGCCAAAAGGAUUCUUGUCUGUUAGAAAAUUGAGGACCCAUGUAGUCAAAGCAACUUCUGAUGGCAAGAAACAAGUUGAGUUAGUGUAUAAUCUUGAUGAAAAGCUGAAUAAAUUGGCUGAUGAAGUGGAUAUGAAUGCUGGAUUGUCAAGACUCUCUUUGUUUUCUCCUUGUAAGAUAAAUGUUUUUCUAAGGAUUACUGAUAAGAGGCCGGAUGGGUUUCAUGACUUGGCAUCUCUAUUUCAUGUAAUCAGCUUAGGAGAUAAGAUAAAGUUCUCCUUGUCACCAUCAAAAUCUACAGAUCGUCUGUCAACUAAUGUGCCUGGAAUUCCACUCGACGACAGAAACUUGAUAAUAAAGGCAUUGAAUCUAUAUCGGAAGAAGACUGGAAGUGACAAAUUCUUUUGGGUCCAUGUUGAUAAAAGAGUUCCAACUGGGGCCGGGCUUGGUGGUGGAAGUAGUAAUGCUGCAACCGCUCUUUGGGCAGCAAACCAGUUCAGUGGUUGCCUGGCCACUGAAAAGGAACUUCAAGAAUGGUCUGGUGAGAUUGGCUCAGACGUCCCAUUUUUCUUUUCCAAUGGGGCUGCUUAUUGCACAGGGAGAGGUGAGAUUGUUCAAGAUAUACCCACACCUGUGCCUUUCGACUUGCCAAUGGUCCUGAUUAAGCCUCCAGAGGCAUGCUCCACAGCUGAAGUUUACAAGCGUUUCCGGUUGGAUGUAUCCAGUAGUGUUGAUCCUUUAACCUUGCUGGAGAAGAUAUCAAAGAAUGGAAUAUCACAAGAUGUUUGUGUAAACGAUUUGGAACCGCCUGCAUUUGAAGUGCUUCCAUCUCUGAAAAGACUAAAACAACGUAUACUGGCCGCAGGUCGUGGAAAAUAUGAUGCUGUUUUUAUGUCUGGAAGUGGAAGCACCAUAGUGGGGGUUGGUUCUCCGGAUCCCCCGCAGUUUAUAUACGAUGAAGAAGAUUAUAAGGAUGUUUUUUUAUCCGAAGCUACCUUCAUCACACGUACAGAGCAGCAGUGGUACACAGAACCAUCUUCCUCAAGUGCUACUUCACUAGGAGACCAAUUCAGUUGUGCUGCUUAGUCGGAUUAGUGUUGCGGUUGUUGUAAGAUUAAUAAUCCUUUGAGUCCAGUAUUCGUCCAUGUUUUUUUGAAAUACAUUUUAACCUUUAUAAACAUCGGCUUAAUGUGUUCAUAUUGGUGUUGUAAUGAUGGUAACAAACAAUUUUCAACCAUCGAGCUAAACGAACAGAGCUAAACGUACGCUCUUUCUCUUGCA